UCGUAAUUGUCUCUCUGCACCAGAUUUCUCUGUUUUUUUUCUUUUUUCUUUUUGCUGAUGCUUAUCUUCCCUUCUUUCGUUGUCCGUGAGUGCUUUCUCUUUCAGCGUUUCCUGUGCCGUCGUCUGAUUUUCUGGUGAGACAGAAAUUGGAUAGUUUUUUUCUUUAGUUUUUGUUCUCCUUUGUGUUUUCUCUGGAGAAGUUAAUGGGAUGUACCUUUGGUUUUUUCUCCGUUGUUUGAUUGCCGGAAAUGUGCGGUUUUACUUCCCUUUCUCAUGGAAAAUUCUCUAUUGUUUAUGGGUUUUCUCUCCUGCUGUUAGAGGAACUUGAGGAAGUCCGAUUUAUUGGUUCCCAUACUGGAUAUUUCGUCAAGAAAUCAAGUUCUCUGGUGUAAUUAGGAAUUAGCCAGCCAUGCCAGACGUGCAGGCCCUCGUUAAUGAGUUCCUCAAUAAGCUUAAGAAACGUAAAAUUGAGGGAUCCCAGGCAACAGCAAAGCAGACUGCUGAACUCCUGCGCUCAGUGAUUUCACAGCAACGGGUGCCUCGUACUAAUCAGGCUGGAGCCUUGAUUGAUGCUGUUAGAGCUAUCGGAGAGCAGCUUAUUGUUGCAAAUCCUAUUGAGCUUGCUGUGGGUAAUAUUGUGAGGCGUGUUUUGCACAUUAUUAGGGAAGAGGAUCUUUCAUUGACAACAGCUGCUGUUGCGGAGUUAAAUUUAUCAACAGUGAGUGAUGAUGAUGAUGAUGGUGGUGGUGGUGACCAAGAUGAUCGUCCAGUUCUAUCAGCAGCGGCUGUUGCUGCUGCUGCAAGGAACACCCUUCGUCCACCGUCCUUGCAAAUGUUGCUGGAGGGUGCACCUGACUUUGUUGCCGUUCCUCGAUCAUCUUCUUCUGGCGGUGAUUCUGAAGGGAAAAGCAAAUCUAUGGAUAGAAAUUCAAGAACUCGAAAGCUGAAACAUGAUAUCAUUGAGGCAGUUAAUGAGCUCAUUCAAGAUAUCACAACGUGUCAUGAACUUAUUGCUGAGCAAGCUGUGGAGCAUAUUCAUCAAAAUGAGGUAAUAUUAACUUUAGGCAGUUCAAAAACAGUGUUAGAGUUCCUGUGUGCUGCAAAAGAGAAGAAAAGAUCAUUUCGUGUAUUUGUUGCCGAGGGAGCUCCAAGGUACCAGGGGCAUCUACUGGCAAAAGAAUUGGUUGCAAGGGGAUUGCAGACCACCUUGAUUACUGAUUCUGCAGUUUUCGCUAUGAUUUCUCGAGUGAACAUGGUUAUAGUGGGAUCUCACGCUGUGAUGGCCAAUGGUGGGGUCAUAGCACCUGUUGGAAUGAAUAUGGUUGCACUGGCAGCUCAAAAGCAUGCCGUCCCUUUUGUUGUGCUCGCUGGCAGUCACAAGGUAAUUUUAGUGUAUAUAGGAGCUUCUACCUGUCGUGGACCUAUGUUGUGCCCCUUGUAUCCUCACAAUCCGGAGGUGUUACUGAAUGAACUGAGAUCCCCAUCGGAGCUGCUAGAUUUUGGAGAAUUUUCUGAUUGCUUAGAUUUUGGGAGCGGUGAUGGUUCUCCUCUCCUUCAUGUUGUCAACCCAACAUUUGAUUAUGUCCCACCAAAGGCAGUUAGUUUGUUUAUCACAGACACUGGUGGACAUAACCCUUCCUACAUGUAUCGGCUCAUUGCUGAUUAUUAUUCAGCUGAUGAUUUAGUGGUGCAAAGAAGGCACGCAGCAGGGAAUUGAAUUUGUGAAGAGAAAGAAAAACCCUUUGGCAGUAUUUGACUCAAUUUAUUAGCCAAUACUGCUGCCGUCGAAGAAGAAAGAAGCGAGCAUAUUAUCAACAUGGAGGGAACAUGGGGAGAAUGAGGCUAAUUGACUAGCCAAUUUUGUGGCUGUGAUAAAAGCAAAAAGAUGCACCAAAAUCUGCAUCAGAUUGAGGAAAAUGACUGUUUUUAACUAUGAGUGUGGUAAGCUUCUUGUAUUUGCCUUUGCCCAGAAAAUGAGUCAUGACACGGGCUGCAGUGUUUUUUCGCAGUGACAGUUUCAGGAUGUUCUUCACUCGUAGGCCUACUCCUCGGGGAAAUUUUGAUCUUAGAUGGUUUUAUGUAAUUGAAAGAAGUUUCGGAUAUACUUAUAGUACCAUGUACUUUUUUCGCGUUGACAGUUUCAGGAUGCUCUUUACUCGUAGGCCUACUCGGGGAAAUUUUGAUCCGAGAUGGUUUAUGCAGUUGAAAUAAGUUUCGGAUAUACUUAUAGUUGCAGAUGCUGCUUUCCUUCUCGGGCCUCAAUUGGUUAGCCAUACAUCUGGCGAGAGGGGAAAUGAGGAUAUUAUGAGAAUUGAAGAACUUGAUUGUUCGUUUGAAAAGAAUGGAUUUGGUACAACAAUAAAGCAAA